CUACGCAUUUUAAUGGUUCAAAAUGUCAGAAUCUCAUUUGAGAAAAAUUCCAGUAUAAAAGCUGAGAACCGCCGAGCUCGGAAAGAAUAACACAAGUAUUUUUUUUUUGUAACUUGGAACUUUUUUCAAGUGUUUCAGAUAAAAAUGAAAGUUUUUAUUGCGUUUACAGUUUUGUUGGUCUUGGUGGCACCUUCUCUGCAGCAACCGGGUGGCUACGGCCAUGGUGGCCGGAACCAGGGUGGUCACGGCCAUGGUGAUCACGGGCACGGCGGUAAUGGUGGACGUGGUGGUCGUGGUCAAGGUGGUCAUGGACAGGCUGGCGCUGGAUCUGGGUACCAAGGAUCAAGUGGGCAGAAUGUCUGUGGCUACAUUGACCCAUCCUGCCGCGGCAGCCCAGGCGAGUACGACACUGUGUUUGCCUACACAUACGACAGAGGCACUAAGACCUGCGGCAAGGUCAGUGUCUACACGAGGUGCAGCAACAGCUACGGUGGCCAGAGCAACAUCUUCCAGAACCAACUGGACUGCUCCUCAGCUUGUGAGAACCGCGGGUAUUAAUUGUGAUUUCCUCCCUUGAUUCUAGUUUCUGCUACAAGAUUAGAUUUGUUUGUCUGAGUCACUUUGAAGUUAGGUUGAAACAUGAAAUGAAACUUAUUUUAAUCUAUAUACAUGCGGUUUAAGAAAUAAAAUGCUCUCUAUUUUU